AUGACCGUAAUGGGGCGGUGGCACGUGGUGCUGGUCGCGCUGGCGCUGCUUACCGGCGCGGGCGCUGGCGCCGCCGCCGAACAGAUGCAGUCUCGUGCUGUCGAUACCGGUGUGGAUCUACGUGUGCCAGAGGCUCAACCUAUAGGGACAAUUGUUGGUAGAAUACCUAUCAAGCCUGGUUUUACGUAUCGUUUUAAUGAAUCACCGAAAGAGUUUCUACUGGACCCUGUAUCAGGUGAAAUAAAAACAAAUGUUGUUCUUGAUAGAGAAAGUGUAGACCGCUAUGCAUUUGUUGUACUAUCGAGUCAGCCUACAUAUCCUAUAGAAGUGCGUAUACGGGUUACGGAUGUUAAUGACAAUUAUCCUGAAUUCCCGGAACCCAGCAUUGCGGUUGCUUUUUCUGAAAGUGCCUCACCCGGAACUAAGUUGCUUUUAGAUGCAGCAACUGAUAAGGAUUUAGAUGAAAAUGGGAUUGCCAAUGACUACAGAAUAGUUGAUGGUGACACGGAAGGAAAGUUUCGGUUGAAUGUAACUGUAAAUCCAAGUGGUCAUACAUCAUAUUUGCAUCUAGAAACAACUGGAAAACUUGAUAGAGAGACCAAUGAUUUCUAUGUAUUAAAUAUAUCAGCACGAGAUGGUGGUAGUCCGCCAAAGUAUGGUUAUUUACAAGUAAAUGUGACAAUCCUAGACGUGAAUGAUAACCCACCAAUAUUUGAUCAGAGUGAUUUUUCAGUUUCGUUAAAUGAAAGUGUACCGCCAGGAACCACUGUUCUUAAGGUUACCGCUACUGAUAGUGACCUCGGCGACAAUAGUAAAAUAACUUAUGAAGUGACUGACACUGAGAAGCAGUUCGCUGUAGAUCCAGAGUCUGGUGUGAUAACAACAUUAAAAAAAUUGAGCUGUCCUCAGUACUGUAGUAAUACUACUUGUAAUAUGACAUGUGUUUUAACUGUUAUUGCGAAAGACCACGGAGUACCAAGACAAGAUGCACGUUCUUAUGUAACUGUAAAUCUAAUUGAUGCAAAUGAUCACGAUCCAGUAAUAACAUUUACUUAUGUUCCAUCUACAGCCAACUUUGCUACUGUUGAUGAAAACGCAAAGAAUGGAUCUCUUGUUGCUGCUAUAACUGUGACUGACAUGGAUGCAGGACUAAAUGGUAUAACAAGUGUCAGUAUAAAAUCUGGCAAUGAAUUAAACCAUUUUCGAUUAGAAAAUUCGAGCAGUGUGUACAUAGUUCAUGUAAAUGGAAUUUUGGAUAGAGAAGAAAUAAGUAAAUAUAAUCUUACUGUGGUAGCGACUGAUAAGGGAAUACCACCACGAACAGCAACAGCAUUCUUAGUAAUACAUGUUAAUGACGUCAAUGAUCAUGAACCCGUUUUUGAAAAAUCUGAAUACUCCACGGUUUUAAGUGAACUUGCACCCCCUGGUACGUAUAUAGCUGGCAUUACAGCAACCGAUGAAGAUACGGGAGUAAAUGCAGAAAUUUAUUACGAUUUUUAUGACGGCAACCAACAGCAGUGGUUUUCGAUAGAUCAUUUAACGGGCCUAGUAACAACAAAGUCUUUGCUCGACCGGGAAAUACAAGGGACAGUAGAACUUAAUGUAUCUGCAAGGGAUGGUGGACCAAAUCCGAAAUGGGCGUAUACCAGAUUGAAAAUAACCAUCUUAGAUGAAAAUGAUGAAGCUCCUUCAUUCCCACAGCAGCAAAUAAAUGCAACCUUAGCUGAAAAUAUCAGUCCCGUAAAAGAAAUAUUAAUUUUAACAGCUUCAGAUUAUGAUCAGGGAACCAAUGGAUCUGUAUCUUAUUAUUUACCACCAAGCACUGAAAGGAAGUAUCCUAAUACAUUUAUACUUGAUCCGGUUACUGGGCAACUAAGUACGAUCAUAGAAUUAGACAGGGAAAAAACAUCAAGCUACGAAAUUCAGGUUCUCGCUAAAGAUCAAGGGUAUCCUCCGCAAUCAUCAACAGCCACUAUUCUUUUACGAGUGCUUGAUGUUAAUGACAAUGACCCUAUUUUCUAUCCUCAAAGAUAUAUUACAAGCAUUGCCGAUGACAUGUCUCCAGGAUCAACUAUUUUACAAAUACAAGCUUUUGAUGACGACGAAGGUGACAAUGCAAAAAUAAUGUAUUCUUUGGAAAGUGGUGGUGACGGAUUUUUUGAUGUUGAACCAUGGACAGGAAAUAUAAUUUUAUUGAAGGAUUUUCGUAAAGCUCCGAAAGCUUUCUAUUCGUUAAUAGUAUCUUGUAAAGAUAAAGGUAAUAGAAGAGCCUUGGAGGAUGCAGUUGUUGAAAUAAUAAAAAAGUCACAGUCUAAAAACUUGGAUUUCGAAAAUUAUAAUGGUUACAAGUUUAGAAUAGUAGAAGAUGAUGGCACAUUAAAAGAACAAGCCAGUCGUUUUGUUGGAAAAGUUAGCAGUAGAACAACAAGUGAUGAGAUAUCUUAUUUCAUAACAGAAGGAGAUCAAAAGCACGUGUUUCAAAUUGAUAAAAAGAAAGGUGUUAUAAGCACUCAAGGAAAUAUAGACCGUGAAGAGAAGAUGACAUACCAUCUUAAAGUAAUGGCAAGAAGUGGUUUCUCAUAUGGAUUUACAACUGUUAAUAUAUCCAUAUUAGAUAUUAAUGAUAAUUAUCCUGUUUUUAUUGAAGGAAAAGAUGAAAUACAUAUUGCAGAAAAUAUGGCAGUUGGCCAAGAGGUCUAUUUUGCUCGAGCCGUUGAUCGCGAUUCUGGAUCUAACAGAACUAUUUCUUAUACUUUAAGCUACAACUCCGAAAAUAGUUUUAGAAUAUCAGAGACAACCGGCGUAAUUUAUUUAAAUAAAGCUUUUACCAAUGAACCAGGUACGAUAUUGCCAAUAGAAGUUACAGCAACUGAUCAUGGAAAACCAGCUCUGGCUACUAAAUAUAGUAUAUCAGCCAUAUUAGAUGAUGUCAAUGAUCAUACUCCUGUAUUCGAUCACACAUCUUAUGAGACAUCUUUAUUAGAAUCGACGCUCGUGAAUACAAGAUUUUUUGUAAUUUCUGCAUCGGAUGCUGACUUAGGACCAAACGGGCAAAUAUCUUAUUCAAUCACGGAAGGUAAUACUGAUGGAAAAUUUGGAGUAUUUCCGGACGGUUUUCUGUAUGUUAAAAGUUUACUCGAUAGAGAAGAGAAGGAUUAUUAUUCAUUGACAAUCGUAGCAUACGAUCAUGGUAAUCCACCACGCUCUUCCCAAGUACCUGUCGUCAUUCACGUUUUAGAUGAAAAUGACAACAGUCCUCAAUUUACAAAUACGACGUUCAUAUUUAAAAUAAAAGAAAAUGAACCACCAGAUACAUUUGUUGGAAAAUUAACAGCAACAGAUGAGGACAUAGGACGCAAUGCGGAAUUAACGUUUAGUUUACCUAUAGCUCAAAAUGACUUUAGAAUAGACUCUAGAAAUGGUUUUAUUAAAACAUUGCGAUCGUUUGACCGAGAGAGCUUAUCACAAACAACAGGACAAAAUUAUAUUACUCUAACAGUUACAGUUAGUGAUAAUGGAAAAGUUAAACUAUCUGAUUCGGUAAGAGUAACGAUUUAUAUAACAGAUGUCAAUGAUAAUGCUCCCAUAUUUACACGUACACCAUAUUCCGUAGAAGUAUCUGAGGGAGCAAGUGUGGGCGCUUCUAUAAUGAGAGUGUAUUCUUCUGAUGCUGAUGAAGGCUUGAACGGAGAUAUCUAUUACAGACUCAUUGCUGGUGAUGAUAUGAAAAAAUUCAUGCUCGAUGAGGCAACUGGUCAACUUUUUAUAAAUAAACCUCUAGAUCGAGAAACUACUGAUCGUUAUCGACUUGUUGUUGUUGCACAUGACUCCGGGCAGACUGUCCGACUUUCAGCAACAACCACCAUUACCGUUGACGUUUUGGAUGAAAAUGAUAAUGCACCUGUAUUUAGCCAAACACAGUUGAAAGUGGCAGUAUUAGAAACUGAACCGAUAAACAAAAAAAUCAUUCAAUUUCAUGCAAAUGAUGCUGACUUAGGAAUAAAUAAUGAGUUGCAAUAUUCUAUAUCUUCCGGUAAUAGAAAGGAGACAUUCUUUAUUGAUAGUUAUUCUGGUGAAUUAUUCUUGCAUAAACAUUUAGAUUAUGAAGAGUUAACGGCAUAUGUUUUGAAUAUUACAGUAACGGAUAAUGGAAGUCCAAGCUUAUCAUCAAGCAUAUCGUUUACUGUGAACGUUAUUGAUGCCAAUGAUAAUGCUCCUGUUUUCACCAAUACAGCAAUAGUCCGACAAAUAAGAGAAGGUAUUCCUACACAUACACCAAUAGUGACAGUCACUGCUGAAGACCCUGAUUCUGGUUUAAAUGGAAAAGUUUACUAUUCUAUUAUACACCAGGAGCCAUACGACGGCAGACGUCAUUUUGCUAUAAAUAAUGUAACGGGUGUGAUUCAUACUUUGUUGCCAAUAGACAGAGAAAGCAUUGAUACAUUUAGAAUAACGGUUGUGGCGUAUGAUAGAGCUGAGCCACCAUUGAUACGUCUUUCUGCAGAGAAGUUAGUAACCGUUAUAGUUGAAGAUAUAAACGACAAUGCUCCUGUAUUUGUGUCCAUGAACGCUGCAGUAGUUAACUCAGAGCGAUUAGGAAGAAGUAUGGGCAGGGGAAUAUUCAUUAUGAAUAUUCUUGCACGUGAUUUGGAUUCAGGUACAAAUGGACUAGUUACGUAUAAGCUAAUUCAUGGUGGAAAUGAUAUGUUUGAUUUGCAUCGAAGUAAUGGUGCUUUAACUCUAAGAUAUCCUCCUGCCACACCAGAAGCAAGAUGGAAUUUGGUUAUAAAAGCAACUGAUGAAGCUGUAUUAAGCGAGCAAAAAAGCACAGAAACGUAUUUAACAGUUAUUAUGGGUGGCACUGAACUAGAAGGAAUAACUUGGCUGAACGCUGGCUCCGUAUCGGUGGCGGAAAACGAACCUGGUGGAACUGCUGUUUUGAAUAUGACGAACAAUUAUAGAUCGGGUUUAGAGUAUUACAUAGUGAACGUGACUGGUGACGGAAAACAAGUGGACAGAUUAUUUGAUAUUGACUCUUCUCUGGGGAUAUUAUCAACGGCAGUGCCUCUAGAUCGAGAAGCAGGUGUAGAAAAAUAUGAAGUGGAAGUAUGUGCAGUUUCAUCAAGCUCGCCGUUGCAAUCUACAACCACAAAGGUUGAAGUCGUUAUUUUGGACAAGAAUGACAGUCCUCCUGAGUUCAAGAACAUACCACCAGCUUACAUGGCUUCAGAGGAUCUCGCGCCGGGCCAACUCAUUGCGGCCAUCACGGCGGAAGACCCAGAUACCAUUGGCACCAUCACGUACAGCAUACAAUCAGAAGAGGCCACACCAUUCUCACUACAUCGGCACACUGGGGAGUUGACCCUCAAGGAACCGUUGGACAGAGAGACGAUUCCGGAAUAUGAAGUGGUCAUACGCGCUGACGACGGAAUGCAGUUCACAGAUGUCACAGUAGUUAUUCAGGUCACAGAUACGAAUGACAAUCCGCCAGUUUUCAAGGAAAGCGCGUACUCCUUCGACAUAGCUGAGAACGCGGCGCGAGGCUCCGUGGUAGGCACCGUGGCGGCCGACGACCUCGACUCGGGGCCCAAUGCUCAGCUCACAUACACCGUGAUUUCGGACUGGGCUAACGAUAUCUUCUCGUUGAACCCGCAAACUGGCGUUUUCACGCUCACAGCGAGGCUUGAUUAUGAGGAGACGCCGCAUUAUAUUUUGGUCACACAAGCACAAGACAAUGGCCAUCCAUCUUUAUCAGGAACGGUUACGGUAUACAUUAAUGUUAUCGACCUGAAUGAUAACGCUCCUAUUUUCGACCCGAUGAGUUUUUCGAACGAAAUCCUUGAAGACGUACCUGUAGGAACAUCCGUAGUGACUGUUAGUGCGACUGAUUUAGAUUCAGGCUGGAAUGGGAAACUGGCAUACAGUAUAACUUCGGGUGACGACGACGAAGACUUUAUAAUAUCUUCAAAUGGAACAAUUCAUACAGCAAAAUUAUUGGAUAGAGAAAAAAUAUCUAUGUACAAUUUAAUUAUCACAGCGAAGGAUUUAGCAAAACCCCCAGAACCUAGAUUAUCUUCUACUGUUCAGGUAACAGUUCAAUUAAAAGAUGUAAAUGACAUGGCACCUGAAUUUGUAAGUGCUAAUAUGACUUCAGUAUCUGAAAAUAUUCCUCUAAAUACUGUUAUUAUGACAAUAAAAGCAAUAGACAAAGAUGAAGGGAGAAAUGGUUACGUGGAAUAUUUUAUGGACUCUAGCCCUGAUGUCAACGGAUAUUUUUCUUUGGGAAAUGUGGAUGGUAUUUUGCGAGCAACUGGAAAGCUUGAUAGAGAACUUAAGUCCUCCUAUACAAUUACAGUGAAGGCAAAAGAUAGAGGCGAUCCAGCCCAAAUUACAACAACAGAUAUUAUUAUUAAAAUACUGGAUGAGAAUGAUAACAGUCCCGUUUUUGAUCCUAAACAAUAUAGUGCGUCUGUACCUGAGAAUGCAAGCAUCGGUGCAAGCGUUUUGCAAGUAUCGGCAACUGAUGUCGACGAAGACGCUAAUGGAAGAGUAAGGUAUUCGAUAGAUUUUGGAGAUGAAAACAGAGACUUUAGCAUUAGCGAAGACACUGGAAUAGUAAGAGUAGCCAAAAAUUUAAACUUUGAAAGAAAAUCUCGAUAUGUUUUAACAAUUAGAGCUGAAGAUUGUGCAAAAGACGAUGUUCGAUAUGAUACGGCUGAGUUAUCGAUAUCAUUACAAGACAUAAAUGAUAAUCCACCAACCUUUUUGGACUCACCAUAUUUAGCAUAUGUAAUGGAAAACGUUAUCCCUCCUAAUGGUGGAUAUAUUCUCACAGUACACGCUUAUGAUGCAGAUUCACCACCAUUUAAUAAUCAAGUUCGCUACUUUAUAAAGGAAGGCGAUGCUGAUCUUUUUAAAAUAAAUGCAUCAUCGGGCCAAAUAUCACUAUUAAGAACUUUAGAUAGAGAAGCACAGGAUGAAUAUACAUUGUCUUUAGUGGCUAUGGAUACAGGUUCACCUCCGCUUACCGGUUCGGGUACAGUUAAAGUAAUUGUUCAAGAUGUAAACGACAACAGUCCUGACUUUGAAAGACAAAGUUACAAAGCGCAUAUUAAGGAAAACUCCCCACCUGGAACUAUAAUACUAAACCCAAAAGCAAUAGAUAAGGACAUAGGAAACAAUGCUAAAAUAAGAUACAGCCUACUUGGGGACAAAUCUGAAAGAUUUAUCAUUAAUCCAGUCACAGGAAUAAUUACAACUAAUGAAACAUUGGACAGGGAAGAGUGGGAAACUUAUUAUUUAAUUGUGAUGGCUCAAGAUUCAUCUACUACCGAUCCACGAACUGCAACAGCUAAUGUUACAAUAGUUGUUGAUGAUGAAAAUGAUAACACACCUUCAUUUUCUCAAACAGUUUACGAAGUAUUUAUAUCUGAAAAAACUAAGGCAAAUGAUUUCAUUUUUGGUGUUAAAGCAAAAGAUAACGAUGUAGGUCUGAACAAAAAAAUUAUUUAUAACUUGAAAGGGGAACAUCAGGAUUUGUUCACCAUAAAUAAAGAAACUGGUGUUAUUAAAGCAAAAGAAGCUCUAAACAAAUAUAAUGAUAGAACCAAAUUAUCGCCAACAUUUAAUUUAGUUAUCGUAGCUACGGACUGUGGUAAAUCGUCUCGACAAAGCACAGCAGACCUAAUUUUAAUACCCAAAUCUGGAAAGAAUUUCCCUAAAUUCACGGUAACAAAUAAAUUAACUUUUACAUUCCCCGAAGAUACGCCAGAAGGAGUAUUAGUGACUCGUUUAUCAGCAACUUCACCUAAAAAAGGAUCUGUAGGCUUACUUCAAUACUCAGUAGCCGGUGGCAAUGUUGGAGAUGCGUUACGCGUGGAACCAAUGAGUGGAGAAGUUUUCAUAACAGGAAAAGGAUUUGAUUAUGAAACGAUGCCUCUGUACGAGGUGUGGUUUGAAGUAAGGGACUCCGAUAAUCCACCAUUAAAAUCAUUUAUCGAAAUAGAAAUAAAAGUUUCUGAUGCAAACGAUAAUGCACCCGUUAUUGAACAAAUGUUAUAUAAUGCUACUGUACCUGAAGAGGAAUCUCCACCACAAACAGUGAUAAAAAUUGAAGCUCACGAUGACGACUCAGAUGGAAAUGGAAGGAUUGCAUUCAGACUCGUAAACGAUUAUGAAGAAACCUUUGUAAUUGAUGCAGAUAAUGGUGAAAUUUAUACUAAUAUUGCUUUAGACAGAGAAUCAAUCCCAUUUUAUGAGAUUAUAGUUGAAGCAGUAGACCAUGGCGUACCACAGCUCACGGGAACAUCCACGGUUUUAGUAACUGUAUCUGAUAAGAAUGAUAAUCCACCUAGAUUUACACGACUUUUUAGUGUUAAUGUAACCGAAAAUGCAGAAAUUGGUUCAUUUGUUAUUAAAGUAACAAGUUCAGAUUUAGAUAUUGGAACAAAUGCUAAUGCUACUUAUAGUUUUGUAGAAAAUCCUGGAGAAAAAUUUGUCAUUGAUCCUAUUACGGGUAACGUGACUGUAGCGCGUCCACUAGACAGAGAAAUACAAGAUGAAUAUAUUUUAAAAGUUGCUGCGAUUGAUGGGGCAUGGAGAUCUGAAACUCCCUUAACAAUCACUAUACAGGAUCAAAAUGAUAAUGCACCUGAAUUUGAAUAUUCAUAUUACAGUUUCAAUUUUCCUGAAUUGCAAAAGAAAAAUAGUUUCGUUGGACAAGUUAUUGCGACUGAUAAAGAUAAACAAGGACCUAAUUCAAUCAUUUCGUAUUCUUUACAACAAACAUCAGAUUUAUUUUCUAUUGAUCCUGCUACCGGGGAAAUUUCAAGCAAAUUCACUAUGAACUAUAAACGUACACCAGUAAAUUCGUCACCUGAAAAUACUUACUCUGUUAUUGUAGUAGCUACUGAUAAUGGUAAACCACCCAUGUCAUCUGAUUGCCUUGUCACGAUCAAUAUUGUAGAUGCCAAUAACAAUAAACCUAAAUUUAAGUCACAUGAAAAGCUUGUACCUGUCCCUCACGAUGCUACACUUGGAGAAAAGAUAAUCAAGUUACAAGCUGAAGAUACUUUAGAUUAUGGAAUAAACGCUGAAAUAGAGUAUCACGUUUUUGGUGGAAAUGGAACAGCAUUCUUUUCAGUGGAUAAAAUAUCAGGAUGGAUAAUAGUCAGCAAACAAUUUUACAAUGUUGGACAAUAUUACACUAUCAAAGUAAAAGCGGUUGACAAAGGAGUACCACCGCAAUGGGAUGAAACAAAUUUACAAUUUGUCGUCACCAGUGAAAAUAUUCAUAGUCCCAAAUUUACAGCUCUAAGUUAUCAAGUUAUUGUGCCUGAAAAUGAGCCAGUCGGAUCUUCUAUCCUAACAUUAAAAGGCAACGAUGAAGAUGAUGGUCCUAAUGGGAUAAUACGUUAUGAAAUUUCAUCAGGAAAUGAGGACGAUGUCUUUAAAAUCCACCCCGUAUCAGGUGUAAUUAGUAUACUACGUUCACUUGAUUAUGAUGAGGUUCAAGAAUAUAGACUCAAUAUAACUGCAAGAGAUUUGGGUUUCAAGCCGAAAGAAGCAACUGCAACAGUUACGAUUAUCCUAACAGAUAUUAAUGAUAACGCUCCUAUUUUCAACCAAACUCAUUACCUUGCUUAUCUGCAAGAAAAUUCACCAGUAAAUACAUUUAUCUUUAGAGUAGAAGCCAUAGAUAUUGAUUCACCGAAAAAUGCAAUUAUUAAAUACCAUAUAACCAAUGGAAUGACAUCUUUGUUUAAAAUAGACUCUAAUUCUGGUAAAAUAUUUUCUAAAGAAAUAUUUGAUUUUGAAGAAAAAACCACGUAUAAAAUAGAAGUUAUGGCUGAAAAUCCGGAUUCGAGUAUGCGUAGUACUACUGAAGUUGAAGUUCAUAUUACAGGAGUAAACGAAUAUUAUCCAAAGUUUGUUCAACCCGUAUUUCACUUUGAUGUCUCAGAAUCUGCGGAAGUUGGUACAAAUGUCGGUGUAAUACAAGCAACUGACCAAGAUAGUGGUGACGAUGGGGUAAUUUAUUAUUUGUUCGUAGGGUCGAGUAACGACAAAGGCUUCAGUAUUAAUUCACAAACUGGCGUAAUAAGGGUAGCUCGAUACUUAGAUAGAGAAACUCAAAAUAGAGUUGUUUUAACGGUACUAGCUAAAAACUAUGGAAGCAUUCACGGCAACGAUACUGACGAGGCACAGAUUAUAAUAUCAAUUCAAGACGGUAAUGACCCGCCAGAGUUUUUACGAAACUAUUACGAAGCAACAAUUUCAGAAGGUGCAAAGAUAGGACACGAAGUAGUACAAGUAAAAGCUGUAGAUAAAGAUGUGCGCCCACAAAAUAAUCAGUUUAGCUAUUCAAUUGUUUCGGGCAAUGGAAACCAAGAUUUCAAAAUUGAUCCUCAAAGUGGUGUAAUAGAAGUUGGUCGGCAUCUUGAUCGCGAAACUUUAUCCUCUUAUUCUUUAAUAGUGGGAGCAAUAGAUACUGGAAUUCCGCCACAAACAGGUACUGCAACUGUGAAAAUAACUUUAACUGAUAUAAAUGAUAACGGCCCUAUAUUUGAUACGGAAAAUUUCGAUGGCUCAGUUUAUGAAAACGAACCUCCUAAUACAAGUAUCACAACACUCUCUGCAAAAGAUCCUGACUUGCCUCCAAAUGGCGCUCCGUUUUCUUAUACAAUUAUUGGAGGAAAACAUCAAAGCUUCGUAAAAGUGCAAAAACAUACUGGAGUACUUCUUACUACGAAAAAAAUUGACAGAGAACUUACUCCAAACCUAGAGGUAAUGAUACAAAUAGAAGACAGUGGGACGCCUGUAAUGACUUCCAACUAUACAAUUCAUAUCAAGGUAUUAGACAGAAAUGAUAAUCCACCAACACCUAGAUCAGUCCAUGUGCUAGUUUAUGCUUUUAAUAAUAAAUUACCGCCCAGCAAGAUAGCUGACGUUAAACCAAAUGAUCCAGACAUUGUCGGUGACUAUAAAUGCAAAAUGAUUAAAGAGUCAACAUCAGAAAGUACUCUUUCGCUUUUGAAUAUAAGGAAGGGAUGUGACCUGUAUUCCAACUCUGUCAAACCUGGUCAAGGAUAUUCAUUUUCAGUAUCAGGAAAUGAUGGCAUUCAUAGAGACGUUGUUUCAUCAGUCAGUGUUGAAUACUUCUCCUUCAAUAACAACACGGUUGAAGAAUCAGUUACUGUCAGAAUAUUUAACAUGACAGCUAAUGACUUUUUAACGCAUUAUUAUCGUAUUUUAUUAGAAAUACUUAAAGUUGGGUUCAAAAAUAAAGAAAGUGUUUAUUUGUACAGUAUUUAUGAAGGGAAAGGAACUUUAGAUUUGACAAUGGCUAUUAAAGAAAAUAAUUUGAUAUGGAAAAGAGAAAGUACAGAGAAAUUUCUUAAAUCGAAAGAGUCAGAAAUAAAGAAAAUAUUAAAGAAACAAAUAAUACUCCCCUUUUAUCCUUGUGCUCAGAAUUCAUGUCAAAAUGACGGCAUCUGUACUGAUGCAAUCAAUGUUUUGGAUGAUACUAAAAUUACUGAAAGUUCCACUUUAAUUAUAUCUUCACCACUAGUUCAACAUGAUUAUGAAUGUCAUUGUAAUGAUCGCUUUAUGGGUAAAAAUUGUGAGAAACGCCAAGAUCCCUGUUCACCAAAUCCAUGCAAAUUUGGAGCACAGUGUAGAAAACAAGGUCACGAUUUUGUGUGCUUAUGUCCAGACCGUAGGGAAGGAAAAACUUGCGAAUUAGAACGAGAUGAUGCAUGUAGUAGCAACCCAUGCAAAAAUGGUGGAUCCUGCAAGGAAAGUUCGGAUAGAAAUUCUUUCUUCUGUCUUUGUCGACCGGGAUAUCGAGGUAACCAGUGCGAAGGUCUUAUAGACUCAUGUAGACCUAAUCCUUGUUUACACGGAGGGAUAUGCAUCAGCUUAAAACCAGGUUAUAAAUGCAGCUGCACAAAUGGCCGUUACGGUACUCAUUGUGAAAGUUCAACAUUUGGUUUUAAUGAAUUGUCGUAUAUGCAGUUUCCAACAUUAGAUGCAUCAACGAACGACAUCACUCUAAUAUUUGCCACAACUAAAUCAGAUGCAUUGUUGCUAUAUAACUACGGAGCCCAAACCGGAGGUAGAUCUGAUUUUAUUUCUAUAGAACUGAUUGGAGGAAAACCUGUAUUUUCAUUUGGUGGUGCUCGAACAUCAAUUACUACAGUUGCUAUAACAGAAACAGAUAAAAAUUUAGCAGAUGGGAAAUGGUACAAAUUAACAGCAACUCGUAAUGGCCGCGUUAUUUCACUAAGCAUAGCUACGUGUACUGACCAUGGAGAUGUUUGUACUGAAUGUGAGCCCGGCGACAAAUCAUGCUACGAUGAUGAUACUGGCCAAGCUGGAACUUUGAAUUUCAACAAUGAACCUCUUCUCAUCGGCGGCUUACACAAAGCAGACCCAGUCUUAGAACGUCCAGGACAAAUACACUCCGAUGAUUUCGUUGGCUGUAUGCACAGUAUUUCGAUCAAUGGGCGGUUAUUAAACUUGACUAACCCAUUGAAUGCUCGCGGAGUUGAACCAAAUUGUGACAGAUCAGAACGAGGAGCAUGUUUCAAAAAGGAUAUAUGUGGUGCAGGAGAAUGUAUCGAUCGUUGGAAAACAAACUAUUGUACAUGUGGCAAUAAUAUACUAUCAUCUGAUUGUAGUAAUUCACUUCAAAGUAUAUCUGUCGGUGAGAAUGGAUACAUAAUAUAUACAAUUUCAGAAAAACACAGACGAAUGCAAUUACUUGAGUCAUUUUACGGUGGCAAUACUGCUUGGGACAAAAAGUUAACAAAAGGCCUUACAAAAUCAAUAUCUAAAGCUACUAAUCCUGCUAAGAUUUUGUCAUUUUCAUUUAAAACUCAUAGAAAAGUUGGAUUACUCUUUUAUGCUGCCACGGAAAAAUAUUAUACAUUAAUUGAAUUGAUAGAAGGAAAAGUAAGCUACACAUCAAAACAAAGUUCACUAGUAAAUAUGACGCAGAUGGAGCAACGCGAUGUUUCCGACGGGAAUUGGCACAAUAUAACAUUAUUUGGUUAUGGCAGAAGCAUAAAGUUGCUCGUUGACGAUAAACUGGUUGGAGAAGAACUCGAUGCCGCAAGCGUGCAUGACUAUUUAGAUCCAUAUUUAACUGUCAUAUCAUUAGGCGGUGUUAAAUCUGAAUGGAUAUCAUCAUACAAUAAGUUCGAAGGAUGUUUAGCAAAUUUAACAAUUAAUAAUGAGAUUCAACCAUUCACUGGAAACGGUAGCAUCUUGAGGGAUGUUACACGCAAGGGAAAAAUUAUUUCUGGUUGUCAUAGUGCUUUUGGGGCGGGAUUAACUCAAAACCCUGAUCCAUUGAGUAUUGGAAUUACGCUGGUUAUUUCAUUUUUCAUUAUUUUAAUUGUCGCAAUAUUGGUGUCCUUUAUCGUUUUUCGCCUGCGGAAACAGAAAAAGGAGAAAGGUGGUGUCCCAAAUGUAAAAAGUAAUGUAGUCCACACGAAGCAAAAUGGUGGUCCGGCAAUGUUAAACGCACCGAAUUUAAUUGCGGGUACAAAUGAUAGUCUUAUGAAUAGAAAUAUGCACAGUAAUGAAACAAGUUUGAACAGUUACAUGUCUGACAAUGCAGAUAUAAUGAGAAAUGUUGGCCAUAUUGUCGGACCAGAACUGUUGUCUAAAAAAUAUAAGGAUCGAGAAAUAAUGAAUAUUGAUCCACCUAGACCACAAAGGCCGGAUAUAAUAGAACGCGAAGUAGUAGGCAAAAGUCCAGCUCUUAGAGAUGACCAUCAUCCACCACCUCCACCAUCAACAAACACAUCGCACUCGCAUAAUCAUGAUCAUCCCAGUGGUAUGGAUUUAAAUUCAGAAGUUCCUGAACAUUAUGACCUGGAAAACGCUAGUUCAAUUGCACCUUCAGAUAUAGAUAUUGUGUAUCAUUACAAAGGGUUCAGAGAAGCAGCUGGUGCUCGAAAAUACAAAGCGACACCUCCUCCAAUUGCAAGUUACCACCACAAACAUCAAACUCCACAACACAGACAUUCUCCGCAUCAUUCAAGCGGUUACCCACCAAGAGUACUACCACAGGCUUCACAACCACCUCCUCAACCAAGACAACACCAGACAACACCUUUAGCUCGACUUUCGCCAAGUAGUGAACUAAGUCAACAACCCAGAAUAUUAACACUUCAUGAUAUAUCAGGGAAACCACUGCAAAGCGCUUUACUGGCAACAACUUCCAGUUCAGGUGGGGUAGGAAAAGAUGCUUUACAUAGUAAUAGUGAACGUAGUUUAAAUAGUCCAGUGAUGUCCCAAUUGAGCGGACAAAGCUCUUCAGCAGGUAGAAAAACACCUAACGCAUCAUCUCAGGUGCAACAAGUAUCAGUGGGCUCAGGAGCAGUGGGCCUAACUGCAGAAGAAAUAGAAAGAAUGAAUGCUAGACAACGAACAUCAAGUUUAGUAUCCACCUUAGAUGCAGUAUCAAGCUCUAGUGAAGCUCCGCGUAGUGGUGGUGUGAGUCACCAUAUGUCACACAGGCAUCACUCUCCACCAGUAGAUAACAGAAGUUCAACAGGUUCAGAUGAUGAAAGUGGUAACGACAGCUUUACGUGUUCAGAAAUAGAAUAUGAUAACAAUAGCUUAAGCGCGGAUAAACCUGACGACGUAAGAAGACAAAAUGUUAAUAGCACUAAUAAUAAUAAAAAGCCUAUAUUGCCACCGCCUUACGAAAGUUUUGAUUCGUCAUUUCGUGGUUCUUUAAGCACUCUAGUCGCAUCGGAUGACGAACUCGCUCCUCAUGUGGGUUCAGCAUUAUAUAGACAAGCUAAUGGGUCUCCUGCACCGGCCACCUUGGGCUGGGAUUAUUUAUUAAAUUGGGGCCCCAACUUUGAGAGCAUGAUAGGGGUUUUCAAAGACAUCGCUGAACUACCUGAUUCCGUCAAUGGCCGAAUGUCUUCAUCUUUAAGGCUCCCCAAUGGAACGCCAAAACCAUCCGAAGAAUAUGUUUGAUAUAAUGUAUAAUAUUUUCCUUGUAAAUACCUGAAUAUUAUAGUAAAUGUACAUAAUUGUUAUGAUCUUGUAUCAAGAUCUCUUUAAUGUAUCUUGCCAUAUUUUUGUUAAAUAUAGACUUUAAAGAUUUACAAUUAAUAUUAAUUUAGCGCUUAUUUCCUAAAUUGAAACCUCAUUUUCAAAUGUAAUUUAUGUAAAUAGUAAAUAAGUAUUUUUGUAAAUAUGAAGUUCCAAUGGUUUUAACGAUAAGUAUCAAAAAGUUGUAAUUUCAAUUUAGGAUUUAUAUAUAAUUAUCAUGAUAAACGAAAAUAAAUAAUUACUACCUCCUAAUUUUAUAAUAAACAUCCAAUGUUGAUUUCGAAUUUAAUAACCCAAUACUUAUUAGGUCUGGUAGUGAUUAUAAAAUAAGCAAAAUGUUAUUAUUGGAACAAUAGACUGAAUUUAUGUAACUCUUAACUUAUACUUGGUAUGUGAUAGCUUUGUCACAGAUUUAUAACAGUAUGACAACGCUUUAUGUUUGCCAUACGCAUAGUGAAUUACGUGCCAAAUGUUACUUCUGUUCGAAAGAACCGACUGAUUUUAAAUGUAAAAAUAAAUGAAAUCAAAAUAUA